AUGCUGCUGCUACUGUUCUCGCUGGUAGCCUUGGUCAACGCUGAUUCCAAGAAACUUGCUUUGAUAGAAUCGUUCACUUUCAAGUCAGCAGGUGAUACUGGAAUUACCUGUCAAGCUGUUCAGCAAGUAUACAUUGAAUCUGUCACUCCUGUACCAUUUAUAUGCGCAGGAGAUAUCAAGGAUGCUGUCAAAGGAAUGUCAAUAGGUGUACAGGUAUUUGUCAUGCUUACUAUCAGAUUUUGAAA